AUGAAGGCCUUAAAGGGAGAUGAAAUAGUAGUCCUGACCAAAGAAUAUAAGCCACUCAUUCAGAGCAAGCUAUCGAAGAAGAUACCAGAUCUAAGAAAAUUUCAGAUUCCUUGUACUAUUGGAAAUGCCACCUUUGACAAAGCCCUUUGUGAUGUUUAUUCAAGUAUCAAUUUGAUGCCCUUGUCUAUGAUGAAGAAGCUGCAAAUUCAAGAGGCACAGCCUACAAGGAUAGGAUUGCAGAUGGCUGAUAAAUCUCUAAGGCAGGCACAUGGACUGGUGGAGAAUGUCUUAGUCAAGGUUGGAGAUAUUUUCCUCCCUGCAGAUUUUGUUGUACUUGAUAUGGGAGAGGAUGCAAAUGACUCCAUAAUACUAGAAUGA